GAAUCUAAAUUCAAAAUGUUCAUUCCCUUAGGUGAUUCCGAGCGGAAGUCUGCAUCUGUUUCAAGAAGUUCCUCGAUUGGAUCAUCCCAAUCGCACUCCCGUCAAAUAUUUUCUUCAGGACCCACACGCCCUCCUUUCCGGAUUCCUGAGUUCCGAUGGUCCUACAUUCAUCAGAGACUAUUGUCUGAUGUUCUCUUUUCUUUAGAAACUGACAUGCAGGUUUGGCGAAGCCACUCAACAAAAAGUGUUUUGGACUUUGUCAACAACAGCGAGAAUGCCAUCUUUGUUGUGAACACUGUCCACCUCAUCUCGCAACUGGCAGAUAACCUCAUUAUUGCAUGUGGAGGUCUAUUGCCUUUGUUGGCCUCUGCUACCUCUCCCAAUAAUGAAUUGGAUGUUUUAGAACCUACACAAGGCAUGGGAGUGGAAGUUGCAGUCUCAUUUCUGCAUCGAUUAGUAAAUAUGGCAGAUGUGCUAGUGUUUGCUUCCUCCCUUAAUUUCUCUGAGUUGGAGGCUGAAAAGAACAUGUCGAGUGGGGGCAUUCUUAGACAAUGUUUACGCCUGGUUUGCACAGUGGCUGUGAGAAAUUGUCUUGAAUGUCGUGAGCGAACACGGCUUCAGGAUGUAAAUGGUGCUGGUGGUAAUGGCAUCAAACCUAUUAAUAAAUCUCGACACAUUCACUCACUCAUAAGAGGUGCUCAGGCUUCUCCAAAGAACAUUGUAGAGAACCUGGGCACACAAAACAGUCCUGUUCGAGACCCUGAGAAGCUGCUUCAAGAUAUGGAUGUCAACAGACUAAGAGCUGUCAUAUACCGUGAUGUGGAAGAAACCAAGCAAGCGCAGUUUCUAUCUUUAGCAAUUGUUUACUUUAUCUCUGUGCUAAUGGUAUCAAAAUAUAGAGAUAUUCUUGAACCUCCUACCAACCCUCCCUCCUCGCCGCCACCGCCACCACAUGCUCCUCAUACCAAUGGUGCAUUUACACAACAUCAUUUCUCAGAAAAUACAGCCAAAAAUAGUGAGAGUGAAAAGUGUGAAGAGAAGAAGAAGAUAAAUACUGUAGAUGUAGGAGAUGCAGGCAUAAUGCAAGUAUCAAAUCAAGCUAAGAAACCAGUUAAGGAUAAAGGGGAGGAGGCUGCUGUUUUGCCCACUGAUAUUCCUACAACUGUUUCUGCUGUAGAUGUAAAGGAUUUGGGAAAAUCAAAAGAUCUUAAAGCUUUAUCUGUAACUAUUCCGACUUUAACCUUGUCUGUAUCACAGUCAACUCUCAAGCAGACAAAUGCAACAGUAACUGUAAAAUCAUCUUCACCUGUUAAGAAAGAUCAGCUUGUAGGCGCAGUCAGUUCAACACACAGUGGAAAAGAUGUAUCACGUCCCACAAAGAAGAGUGAUCUCAGUCUUCCUACAUUUUAUCAGACAUUGAAUCCAAAGUUUAUGCCAGGAAGUUCCUCAACUGGAUUGUUUGGGAAAGCAAAAGAGAAGAAUUGGAAGCUGUCUGUCAUUAGGGGUCAUGGGAAGUUUCGAAAGGAGCACUCGCAAUCUUCAACAUCAAAAGAUUCUUGUGAAGUUCCGGCUGUCAAGAAGUACAAUGAUGUGGAAGGUACGGAACGCUCUGGAGAGGUUGAUGAAGAUGGAGAAUAUGAAGUUAUUGUCGUUGAUCAACACAAUUCCUCAAUUCUAGCAUCUGAUCAUUGUUCCACUGCCUCCUCAGGUCCACCAUCACUUAAAUCUAACCACAAUCUAGGAACUGGCCCUGUUCCUAAGUAUGGUUGUAAUGCCUAUGGAGCUAAGGUUUCUAAGCCAGUAGCUCGCAACAACAUGAUAAACCCUAAGGGUUCUGAGGUGGGUGAGGCAGGGAGUGAUGUAGGCUCGGGAGCUGUUAGCCUCAAUGAGGAACCAAACUCUCAGCCCACUGAUGAUGCCUGGACAGAUGUCAACCUUAAUGAUGGAACGCCUGAUGAAAUGGAUGCAAAAUCUCAGAAGUCUGUGUAUGGUGUGACAGAGACUGGUGAAAUGCCACAGCUUCAAACACAGCCAUUGCCUAGCCAACAGUCACAGUCACAGCUAUCACAACCACAACCUAUAUCACAGCCAGAUCCUCAACAACAGCUUUCUGGUCAAAUUUCUGUACUCUCUUCUCCGUCCAAUAUACCUGAUCCAGUAACUUCCACUGUAAAGCACCACCGACCAGAAGACCUCAACAUCAAGCCAUUUCUCCACUCUGACUUGCCCAUUCCAACACCAUCUCGUGAGGCAUCUCUCACUCAGAAGUUAGAGAUGGCUCUGGGAUCUGUAUCCCCUCUUCUGCGGGAGAUAAUGGUGGAUUUUGCUCCAUUUCUCUCCAAGACCCUUGUUGGUUCUCAUGGCCAGGAGCUACUCAUGGAAGGUAAAGGUUUAAUGACAUUCAAGCACAGUCAGAGUGUGGUUGAGUUGGUUAUGCUGCUGUGUUCUCAGGAGUGGCAGAACUCCCUUCAGAAACAUGCAGGACUUGCCUUUAUAGAACUAAUUAAUGAGGGAAGGCUUCUCUCGCAUGCCAUGAAGGACCAUAUAGUGCGUGUGGCGAAUGAAGCUGAAUUUAUCCUGAACCGCAUGAGAGCUGAUGAUGUACUUAAGCAUGCUGAAUUUGAGUCUUUAUGUGCCACCACAGUCUUGGAGCGCCGUGAAGAAGAGAAGAUGUGUGAUCACUUAAUAACAGCUGCCCGCAGAAGAGACAAUGUUGUAGCUGCACGUAUCCUAGACAAAAUUACCAAUAUCCUCUCCAACAAACAUGGCGCAUGGGGCAUUGCCAUUCAUGCACUUAAUAAAAUCCAAAUGGCUGAUACUCAGCUUGAUCUGGUUAGGACUGUAAGGCAGCCGAGUGCUAAUGGCAAGUUGGCAGCAGUGAAGUUUGAAGCAGCGUUGCCAAGUGUGCAGGUUACCUUGGCCGUGCAGGGCUCCAGUGACUCACCUUUGACCUCCAGCAGAAUAAUCAUGGGAUUCACUUGCGUCAAGUGCAGUACUGCCAGACGGGACUUCCGUGGAUCACCUUACCAGAAACUGUUGAAAUCUCCCACAGCAGCUACUAGUAAUAUUGAGAGGGAAGAAGCAGCAGCAGCAAUAGCAUUAAUAAAAGGUGUAACUGAUAGUAGCAGUAAUGACGUAAAGGUUGUGGCUUCGAGCAAAUAUCUGUGCAGCAGAGACACCCUGCUGAGCCACGCGGAAUCAAACUUGGCCCAAGCUGAAGGUUCAAAUGUUACAGUGUACUUCAUUGAAGGAUCAGUGGAUCCAGAUAACGAGCGUCCAACAGCUGGUCUUUUAUCAUGA